GGCCUGUGCAGCGGGUCAGCGGCGAUGGAGGACGCCCCUGAGCGCACUCCUUCUUCCUCCGAGUCCACACAGGCUCCGGACCUGGCCAGAGAGCCCGAGGUGGCAUCUCCCGGGGACUCGGAGGGCUGCGCCCGGCCUCUAGACACGGUCCCUAAGAAACUCUGUGGGUAUUUAAGUAAGUUUGGCGGCAAAGGACCCAUCAAGGGCUGGAAAUGCCGCUGGUUCUUCUACGACGAGAGAAAGUGCCACCUGUAUUAUUCGCGCACUGCGCAGGAUGCUAACCCCUUGGACAGCAUCGAUCUCUCCAGUGCGGUCUUUGACUGUAAGGCGGACGCUGAAGAGGAGGGCACUUUUGAAAUCAAGACUCCCAAUAGAGUUAUUACCCUCAAGGCUCCCACCAAGCAAGUGAUGCUCUACUGGCUACAGCAGCUGCAGAUGAAGCGCUGGGAGUUCCACAACAGCCCAUCUGCACUUCCUGCUGCCCCUGCUGCCGCCACGGCUGAGAAUGGGCCCACCCCGCACCUCAAGCUAGAGCAAGAGGAGAAGGAGCUGGAGGAAUUCCUGUGCCCAGUGAAAACGCCCACUGGACUCGUGGGUGCAGCAGCUGCCUUGCAGCCUGUCCCUGCCAUGCCCUCGGCCCUGCAGAACAUCUCCCUGAAGCAUCUGGGAACUGAAAUACAAAACACCAUGCACAACAUCCGUGGCAACAAGCAGACCCAAGCAACAGCCCAUGGGCCACUCGUGGAAGAGCCGUCACAGAGUGUAGAGCCUCAAAUCAGGGAGCUGCCCUUGACCUCUGACCCCAGCAUUCCAGCAGAAACAGAGCCAGAGGGUCCUCCCAAGUCUGCUCCCAGGUCCUCUGUGCCCUCGGGUCCCAUUCAGAAACCCAAGCGGCAGAGCAACACCUUCCCGUUCUUUUCCGAUGGACUGGCUCGGAGCCGCACAGCCCCGGAGAAGGUGGCGGCCUUGGAACAGCAGGUGCUGAUGCUCACCAAAGAGCUCAAGUCACAGAAGGAGCUGGUGAUAAUCCUACACAAGGCCCUGGAGGCUGCCCAGCAAGAGAAGCGAGCAUCCAGUGCGUAUCUGGCAGCCACUGAAGACAAAGAUCGGCUGGAGCUGGUCCGGCACAAGGUGCGACAGAUCUCGGAGCUGAACCAGAGGGUGGAGGCUCUGGAGCAGGGUCGUGACCGCCUGGUACACGAGGCUGGCCUGCGGGAGCAGCAGGUGCAGGCGCUUCAGCAGCACGUGCAACUGCUCAUGGAUAAGAACCAGGCCAAGCAGCAGGUCAUCUGCAAGCUCUCCCAGAAGCUCACGGAAGACCUCGCACAGCCCCCCAGCCAGCCUGCCGAUGCUACCAAUGGCGACUUCCUGAGCCAGCAGGAAAGGAUGGAGCAUCUGAAGGAUGACAUGGAAGCAUAUCGGACCCAGAACCGCUUCCUCAACUCUGAAAUCCACCAGGUCACCAAGAUCUGGAGGAAGGUGGCAGAGAAGGAGAAAGCCCUGCUAACCAAGUGUGCCUACCUCCAAGCCAGGAACUGCCAGGUAGAAAGCAAGUACCUGGCCGGGCUUCGGAGGCUGCAGGAGGCGGCAGGGGCGGAGGCUGCCGACUUCUCUGAGCUGCUGCAGCAGCUGGUCCAGGAGGCACUGCAGUGGGAAGCAGGAGAGGCCUCUGACAGCAUGGGGCUGAGCCCCGUCAGCGAGUACGAUGACUAUGGCUUCCUGACGGUGCCAGACUAUGAAGUGGAAGACCUGAAACUGCUAGCCAAGAUCCAGGCCUUGGAGGUGCGCUCCCACCACCUGCUGGCCCUCGAGGCUGUGGAGAGGCCACUACGGGACCGCUGGGCUACCCUGACCGAGCUGGUGCCCUCAGCUGAGCUCAAGCAGCUGCUCCGAGCAGGUGUGCCCCGAGAGCACCGUCCACGUGUCUGGAGGUGGCUGGUCCACCGCCGUGUCCAGCACCUGCAUGCUGCAGGCUGCUACCAGGAGCUUCUGGCCCGGGGCCGGGCAUGUGAGCACCCUGCUGCUCGUCAGAUUGAGCUGGACCUCAACAGAACCUUCCCCACCAACAAGCACUUCACCUGCCCUACCUCCAGCUUCCCUGACAAGCUCCGCCGUGUGCUCCUGGCCUUCUCCUGGCAGAACCCCACCAUUGGCUACUGCCAAGGCCUGAACAGGCUGGCGGCCAUCGCCCUGUUGGUCCUAGAGGAUGAAGAGAGUGCCUUCUGGUGCCUGGUGGCCAUCGUGGAGACCAUAUUGCCGGCUGAGUACUACAGCAAGACACUGACUGCAUCCCAGGUGGACCAGCGGGUGCUCCAGGACCUCCUCUCCGAGAAGCUGCCCCGACUCACUGCACACCUGGGGCAGCACCGUGUAGACCUCUCUCUCAUCACUUUCAACUGGUUCCUCGUGGUCUUUGCCGACUCUCUCAUCAGUGACAUCCUCCUGCGAGUCUGGGAUGCCUUCCUGUAUGAAGGGACCAAGGUGGUGUUCCGAUAUGCUCUGGCCAUCUUCAAGUACAAUGAGGAAGCAAUCCUUCGACUGCAGGACAGCCUGGAGAUCUACCAAUACCUGCGUUUCUUCACCAAGACCAUCUGCGACAGCCGGAAGCUCAUGAGUAUCGCCUUCAACGAUAUGAACCCCUUUCCCAUGAAGCAACUGCGGCAGCUGCGGGCAGCCCACCGCGAGCGAUUAGAGGCCGAGCUGCGGGAGCUGGAACUGCUGAAAGCCGAGUACUUGGAGAGACGGGCAUCCAGGGGCAGAGCAGUACCCGAGGGCUGCGUCAGCGAGGAUGAAGGAGAGGGCGACAGCUGACCUAGCACUCUGUCCCCAAAGCCUUUCUCACCUUUGCUGGCAGGAAGAUAGAAUUCAGGCAAGGGUCGGAGGUGUGUGUGACCCUGGACAAGGCCCUUGGCCUCUCCAAGCCUUGUCUCCCAGGCUUGCCAGCCUGUAUCAGCCCCCACAGAGCACUUUAGCACAUAUAGAGGCAGCAGGAAUCCCACUGGGUCACCUGAACAGUCUCUGAGGCACCACCGUUUCUGUUUGGUUUGGAUUUCAUCUUCUGACCAGGUCUCGGGGAACUCCAGCUGACCUCAGACUCUAUGCAGUUGAGCCUGGCCCUGACCUUUGGAUCAGACCCAUGAUGACAUAAAGCAACGUCCCUGUGGCUGAUGGCUCUCCACCUUUAGGACAGAAGCAGUCUCAUUACCUGGGCACAAAGUGUCAGGGAUGUUUCCACUGACACCUUUUGGCUCGAGGCCUUGGUCACCAUUCUUGUGGCACCCCAAGUUCAAGGCCUACUACAUUUUCAAGGUGUCUCUCCAGGCAGUAGCCCUUCAGAGUUGCUACCUGGAUCUCUGUUGAGACCACCCUGUUCACAGGGACUAUCUCUACAGAUAGUCUAAAACUUGCCUUCUGUUUACAGCCCACUGGGGACAUCCCAGGGGAACCCCUGCCUGUCACCCUGAGGAACCUGACAUGGACUGGACAGUGGGCCCUGAGCAGGCAUCCACCCUGAUGUGCCUCUGUCACGUGGGGCCAACAGGGUAGGCUUGAGAGGGCAAGUAGACCUGCAGCCCAUCUGGCUCACCAGAGUGAGUUGGUAAGCAGCCUUACUUGAAGGGGACGUGGCUAGGUGGUGACAGGCUCUCCCAAAAGCCACCACCAAAAAGCCGAAAACAGGUCAAUCUGUGUGCACGGGCUGCUGGAUAAACAGUAUCCUCUCUACCACUCCCUCCACUGCGCUACAGCCCCCACCUCUCCUUUCCCUCACCUCUCCCUAGAGAACUCUGCCCAAGCACUGUGCUCCUCCUUGGGGGACCAGAACAGCUUGUUCCAGCAUUGCUGGGCCUUGGGCUCCGCUGCUCUUGGAGCCAUGCGUUCUGCUAACCUGGGGGUUAAGUGUUCUGGGGCUAAUUGCCUCCUCCAGCCCAGACCAAGCAGGCAGGCUGGAAGCUGCUUGUUCUCACUCACCCAGGGCAACACCCAUUAACAGGACACAGAGAACUUAAUGUAGUGUCACACAGAAUGGGAGGGCGGGUCUGGCUGUGACUGCCUGUAGGCACACCUAUAGGGUAAACUCUAGAAAGAGAAAAAGGGGAGUCAGGUGUGGGGUACACAUUUCUGAUCCCAGCAGUUCCAACAUUGGACUACACAGCCAAACAGUGUCUCAAAAACCAAAUAAAUAAGAGAAAAACGGUGA